AAACAUUUCUAACCAAAUCACCAAACAAUAGUUUUUUUCAGCAGGAAGGAAAACACAAUAUACUGGCCAGUUUUUCUUGUAACUGUGUAAUGUGCCGAUAUUUUGUGUGUAAUUAUAUAAUAACCAAUUAGAGAAAUGGAAAAAGUUCUCAUCCUACUGGCGCUGGCGACUGCUGCCAAUGCUCGGAUCUCUGUAAUGUACGCCCACGACCGCGUCAGUGACGUCAUCGCCGAGCAGUGUUACAAGGAAAUGUUCUCCAAUGCUAAACACGUGGAGAUCCAGGAGUCAGAUGAGCCGUGCCUCAUCUUCUGUGUGCUGAGGAAAUUCGGCAUCAUGAGCGCCAACGGACUCAUCAACUUGGAAGCAUACAGGAAAAGGGUUCAAAUUGUCCACCAGCUAGACCAGAGGAACUCUCACAUAGUGGUGGACUCCGGAAACUCUUGCAUGGAGACGGCUGAAGCCACGUCCCACAAGACGGACGUCUGCAAGAAAGCCAAGGUCUUCAACGACUGCACGCACCUCUACAGGAUCUUGUUGGCCAAAUAAACGAAUUUUUCUAUGAUUUAUAUAACGCUGUUAAAUGAUUACUGGAUUAUAACGAUACUAAUAUUAAUGAUUUGUAUAUUAUAUACUAAAAGUAUGGAAAAGUC